ACGAGUACUGAACAACACACACACACACACACACUGAAGCCAGAGUCUGGAGUAACACUGGGUUUGGAAGGGGAACUGCACCUGUCCCGUACCCAAGAGACAAGGACACACACAGGGAAACACUCAGGGGAGAUAGCAGCCGGCUCUAUGUGUGGCUGGGAUCAAGGUUUAGCGGCUGCCUCUCAGCAUAGCAAAGCCAUGUUGACCACCGAGGGGGCGCCACAUACAGCAGACCACGCCAUCGAGGACAAGAAGAUGGACGUACAGGACGCUGACAUGACCGCAUGGACGGAGGCCGACUUCGAGGAGAAGUGCACCUACAUUGUGAAGGACCACACCUGGGAGGGCGGCCCCGAGGCUCACCCAGACCUGAGCUGCGCCGAAGCCUCGCUGCCCCGCAACCUGGCCUUUAAGCAUCCAGCAAACUCAAAAGAGGUCACUGGUGUUGUAAGCAGAGAAUACAUCCCCAAGGGAACUCGCUUUGGCCCCCUAGUGGGCGAGGUCUACACUGCAGAGAAUGUCCCCAAAGACGCGAACAGGAAGUACUUCUGGAGGAUUUAUUCGGACGGCAAGUUCCACCACUUUGUGGACGGUCUGAACGAGGACAAGAGCAACUGGAUGCGCUACGUCAACCCGGCUCACUCGGAGCAGGAGCAGAACCUGGCGGCCUGCCAGAACGGCAUGAGCAUCUACUUCUACACGGUCCAGGCCAUUCCCGCGGGCCAGGAGCUACUGGUGUGGUACUGCCCCGAGUUCGCCCGACGCCUCCACUACCCUGCCUCUGGGGAGAUCAUGAUGCAGAAACUAAAACAGAGCCUGAUGGAGGCGAAGCAGCAGGUGACAGAAGAGGUGGUGAAGCCCGUGAAGAGAGAGCACAGCGUGUUGGAGAUCCUCAAGGACACCAAGCGAGAGCCCAGCCGCCCGCUGGCCACACGCCCCCCCCACUGCCCCGACAGCCCGGAGCGGCCGAUCUACCCGCGCGCCGUCUACCCCAUCCGGCCGCAGCCCCACCCACACUCGCACCUGCAGCACCUGAGCAAGGAGCUGCUGAAGGCCAACACUCCGUUUGGCUACCCCGCCCGCUCGCCCGGACAGUCCUCGGCUACGGCCAGCCCGGACGCUCGCAGCAGCCCCGAGCGCAGCCCGCACCACCGGCGUAGCGCGUCCCCGCCGAGAUCCGGCCCCCCGCACGAGCCGCGCGACGGCUUCCCGGCCACCCUCCACCCGGGCCUCUACGGCCGCUCCCUGGGCCCCUUCCCCGGCUACUCGCCGCCCGGCGCCCUGCCGUCGCCUUUCUACCAGAGCCCGCAGUACCCGCGUUACCUCCUGCCCCCGUACGGCCCGGCGCCGGCGGGCAACGUCUUCUCCCGCAUGUACCCGCUUUACAGUGGCCUGAUGCCCACACACAUGCCCCUCCCGCAGGGCAUGCUCCCGUCCGAGGCCGACGCCAUCCGACGCCGCUUCCUGCUCCCCCCUACCGCCGCUGACGUGGCCCAUCGGGACUUCCUGGUGCCGGCCCCGACCAGUGCCUUCUCGCCCGCCACGUCCCUGAAAGACAAGCCCGCCGGGCACCACCCCCACGCGCCGUCCAGCGGCUCGCCAACUGCCGGUUCGGCGGCCUCGGGCGACCGUCUGCCCACCAAGCCUACCUCUGCCCUGCUGGGUCCCGCUGACCCACGGGCCGACCCGGAGGAGGCCAUCAACCUGAGCAAGAUGAAGCGCGGCAGCUCCACGGGCUACAAGACGCUGCCCUACCCGCUCAAGAAGCAGAACGGCAAGAUCAAGUACGAGUGCAACGUUUGCAGCAAGACCUUCGGCCAGCUGUCCAACCUCAAGGUACAUCUCCGUGUCCACAGUGGAGAGCGGCCCUUUAAGUGUCAGACCUGCAGCAAGGGGUUCACCCAGCUUGCCCACCUGCAGAAGCACUUCCUCGUCCACACAGGCGAGAAGCCCCACGAGUGCCAGGUGUGUCACAAGCGCUUUAGCAGUACUAGUAACCUGAAGACGCACCUGCGCCUGCACUCCGGCGAGAAGCCCUACCAGUGCAAGAUGUGCCCACAGAAGUUCACGCAGUUCGUGCACCUGAAGCUGCACAAGCGGCUGCACACGCGCGAGCGUCCGCACAAGUGCCCGCGCUGCCAACGCAGCUACAUCCACCUGUGCAGCCUGCGCCUGCACGCCAAGGGCUACUGCCUGGCGCCCGGCGGCCCGCCGCCCGCCCCUGGCUGCACGCUGGACGAGCUGGCGCGCAUCAACGAGGAGAUCGAGCGCUUCGACAUCACCGACCACGCCGACAAGCUGGAGGAGAUGGAGGGCGGUGUGUUGGACCCCGAGGUGGAGAAGCAGAUCCUGGGCAUGCUGUGGCGCGAGCUGGACCUUAAGGUGUCAUCCUUCCACACGGACACGCUGCACCUGCCUCCACCGCCGCCGGGCUUCAGUCCAUACCAGCCCAGCAGCGAGGUGUCCGUCAUCAAGCUACGCCAUGGCAGCCCCCAGCCUCUGCUCUCCGUCAAGGUCAAACAGGAGACCGUGGAAGCCAUGGAGUCCUAAACCAACCUGUACUUACCACCACCACCACUACUACUACUUACAAGAAAGAAGUAACCACUGAAUCACACUCCUAGAGGCACACACACACAAGCACACCACCCAACCCAAGCCUGUUUUACUGACUAACAACCAGGCGCUUUGGGAGAAGGUGGCAACAAUUAAUGAGUUGUAAAUUAUUUUCCUUCUUGUUUUUUUUGGUUGACGGCAACCGAGGCUCUGGUUCUGUCUUCAGGGACUUCAGUACUCAGGGCUCAAAGACACUGUCCACUCCAGAGUGUCCUACACUUAAGACAAAGACAAUCAUCUUUCCUUAAUUUCAUAUGACUAUUUUAAUAUCAUUGUUGUUGACAUUGUUGUUGUUGUUGAUGUGGAUAUUGUUGUUAUUAAUAUUAUUGUCUUGUUAUUUUUGGUUCAAUGUAGUAAGUAACCUCCUUAAUUUAUUAUGCAAUGUGUUGUCCUUUGAAAGCAAUACUUGGAGAAUAAUGUUUACAAUGACUGGGUAAAUUCAUUGUAAUUGGCUAUUUUCUUAUUUUUCUAUGAUCAUACUUCUUUUGUAGAUAUUUUUCUUUUGUUCUGCCUGUCUUAGCCCUGUCAUAUCGGCCUGUGGCAGAGAUAAGGAGCAUCCUAUGCUGAAGGUGUGCCCUUUGAUAACAGGGAUAGGACAGCUCUUCAGUUGAAGUUUUUUUUUCUGUCUGGCCAAAGGUAGACAUUUGAAAUGUUGUGUUCCCAACUUGUUUCAAAAUCAAAAGGAAAAAACGUCAGUAAUGCAUGCUCUUAGAGGAUUUUUUGUUGUUAUUGAGCUCUACUUACUCUACAUGAGGCAUUUUGUACAUAUUAUUUUUUAAAACAACAGUUACCUCAGUGUGUAUGUAUGUAUGAAUGUAUGCAUGUGUUU